AUGGCACCAACACUUCUCUUCAUCCUAAUGCAACUUUGCAUUCUCAUUCUCAACCCAUUCCAGGGCACAUACGCACAAAAAUUCCCUGCUAUUCUCAUCUUUGGUGAUUCAAUACUUGAUACAGGGAAUAACAACUACAUAAACACUGUAGUCAAAGCCAACUUUCCUCCCUAUGGCAUAGAUUUCCCUGGCAACGUUGCCACGGGGAGGUUUUCCAACGGAAAACUUGUGUCCGACUUCUUGGCCGAGAUGAUGGAGAUCAAAGACACUGUUCCUCCUUUCCUCAAUCCGAAUCUAUCAGCCGAAGACCUACGUACAGGUGUUUGUUUUGCAUCGGCUGGAUCAGGGUUCGAUGAGCUGACUACGGCUGAGUCUGGUGUAAUCCCGGUGUUAAAGCAACCUGAAUAUCUAAGGAGUUACAUUCAGAAGCUUAAAACAGUUGUAGGGGAAGAAGAGGCUAGGAGAAUAAUCCAUGGUUCUUUGGUUGUACUUAAUGCAGGAACCAAUGACAUCCUAAUUAGUUUCUAUGGCAAUCCCACAAGGGGUUUUUCAUUCAGCCUUAACGGCUACUAUGAUUUUCUGCUAACAAAGCUACAAACUUUUGUUCAGGAACUGUAUGAGCUCGGGUGCCGUAAAAUGGUCAUCGCAGGGUUACCUCCAAUGAGCGUACCGAACCAAGCUGCAGAUUCUCAACCCUAUAAUCAGAAGCUUGUGUCUCUGUUGCCUCGGUUACAGGCAUCCCUUCCAGGGAGCAAAUUAGUCUAUGGAAAUAUAUAUGAUCCACUGAUUGACAUGGUCGCCAACCCACUAAAAUAUGGAUUUGUGGAUGUCAUGAGAUCCUGUUGCGGAUAUGGAUUGCGCGGGACAGGGCCUCUUUGCACUCCAAACACUCCAGUAUGUCCAAACCCUUCCCAGUUUAUGUUCUGGGAUAUCAUUCAUCCUACUGAAGCUGCGUACCGGCCCCUUGCAGAAGCCAUAAAGAAUAUAAUCGAAACUCAAAUUAUUGGAUACUAA